GAGGAGGAGGAGGAGUCGGAGCAGCAUGGACGGAAGUUGUCGUUCCGAGGCCGCAAUCGGAGGUGGAGAGCCGUUCAAGAGGACCAUGGGGUGGUAACCUUGUUUUCCCUCAAUAACGGCUCUCUGGUGAAGACGCUGGAAACUUUUCUUGGUGGCAGAGCCAUCAACAGGAUUGGGGGCACGGUUGGUGCAAUCGCAACCUGUCCAUUAGAAUUGGUAAAAGUGCGCCUGCAAUCAUCUCAGGGUAGCAAGUUCUCAACUUAUGGUCGUCGACCUGGCUCGAAAUUUGCUUUGAAGACCUCUCUAGUCCCAGAAGUAACCCACCUUCCGGUGAGGUUUCAUCCCUCGGAGGCGGCAUCGUGUUGCACCGUCUCCUCUCGCCUUUUCUACCGUUCAAAGAUCCUUCGAUGCAUGUGCGACGUUAUCCGAAAAGAGGGCGUUGGAGCUCUUUUCAAAGGGCUUGUGCCUACUCUGGUUGGCGUCCUUCCAUCUAGAGGGAUCUACUUUUGCGCUUACCACAAGGGCCAAAUCUUCUUCCAAGAGUACUUUUCGGAGGGCCAUUCCGCAGUUUUCCUCUUAUCUGCCGGUGUCGGAAUCACUGAGUCACCAGCCAAUCGUACCGGCAACUACGUCAGGAGAGAAGCUGAUUGGUUUGUGGACCUAUCUUACACACAUCCGUUGCUCUAA